AUGCUUGGACAGUACGAUUAUCGAAUCGAGCAUUGCUCAGGAAAGAAGCACCAGAAUGCCGAUGCAUUGUCCAGAAAUCCCCUGCCAGUUCCAGUAACUGACCAAGUAAUCAAGACCAAUGCAGUUGACAGCAGCAAAGAGAGAAUAGCUAUCGACAUCAUAGGACCACUGCCAGUAACUGAAUCCAGAAGCAAGUACAUCCUGGUUGUAGGUGACUAUUUCACGAAGUGGAAAGAGGCGUUCUUGAUCUCGAACCAGGAAGCGAGAACUGUCGCAGAGAAACUCGUUAAAGAAGUCAUUGCCAGGUACGGAACACCAGAGCAAAUACAUUCUGACCAGGGUCGCAAUUUUGAAGCCCAGCUGUUCCAGGAAAUGUGCCUCCUGUUCAACAUGGAUAAGACUCAUACAACCCCAUACCACCUGGAAAGCAACGGAAUGAUUGAAAGAAUGAACCGUACCUUCCAGGAUAUGCUGGCCAAGCACAUGUCACACCACCAGCGUGACUGGGAUGAGCACCUGCCAUUGGUGAUAAUGACCUACCGGUCAAGUGUCCAUACGUCCACCCAGUACACACUGUUUUACCUAUUGUUUGGCCAUGAGGUACGAUUACCAGUAGAAGUCAUGUUUGGACGACAACCAAACCACCAGCCAGAAGUAUCAGAGUACAUAAGGGAGUUGCGUGACACCCUGGAAGAAGUCCAUGAGCAUGCCAGGAAGCACCUGCAAACUGCCCAGAAGCGUCAAAAGGACCACUAUGAUCAGCGAAUUGCUGGAGAACAAAUCGAGAUUGUAAUCAAGACCAAUGCAGUUGACAGCAGCAAAGAGAGAAUAGCUAUCGACAUCAUAGGACCACUGCCAGUAACUGAAUCCAGAAGCAAGUACAUCCUGGUUGUAGGUGACUAUUUCACGAAGUGGAAAGAGGCGUUCUUGAUCUCGAACCAGGAAGCGAGAACUGUCGCAGAGAAACUCGUUAAAGAAGUCAUUGCCAGGUACGGAACACCAGAGCAAAUACAUUCUGACCAGGGUCGCAAUUUUGAAGCCCAGCUGUUCCAGGAAAUGUGCCUCCUGUUCAACAUGGAUAAGACUCAUACAACCCCAUACCACCUGGAAAGCAACGGAAUGAUUGAAAGAAUGAACCGUACCUUCCAGGAUAUGCUGGCCAAGCACAUGUCACACCACCAGCGUGACUGGGAUGAGCACCUGCCAUUGGUGAUAAUGACCUACCGGUCAAGUGUCCAUACGUCCACCCAGUACACACUGUUUUACCUAUUGUUUGGCCAUGAGGUACGAUUACCAGUAGAAGUCAUGUUUGGACGACAACCAAACCACCAGCCAGAAGUAUCAGAGUACAUAAGGGAGUUGCGUGACACCCUGGAAGAAGUCCAUGAGCAUGCCAGGAAGCACCUGCAAACUGCCCAGAAGCGUCAAAAGGACCACUAUGAUCAGCGAAUUGCUGGAGAACAAAUCGAGAUUGGCGAUCGAGUGUUCCUCCAUGACCCCGCACUCAAGAAAGGGCAGACUAAGAAGCUCCACUCACCAUGGCAGGGCCCUUACAUUGUGAUGACGAAGAUUGGUGAUGUGACCUACCGUAUCCAGGCAGAAGACAACCCCAGGAAAAGAAAGGUGGUACACUUCAACCGCCUGAAGGCCUGUGGUGUACUUAAACCAGUAGAGCAGCAGCGCAGACCUACCCAGACUGCUAGUUCUGAACCUCAAACUGAAGUGCGAAGACCGCAUGUUCCACCACGGUAUGUUCCUGAUGAAACGGACCUCAUGUACAUGGACGAGACAGCAGCCGAUGUGGAAGUUGCAAUUCCUGAACGCCUUGACCGAGACUGGGAAUUGCCUGCUGCAGUAAACAACCGACCAGUACAUGCAGACAGGCCUAGACGAAAAGUCAGACCUUCAAUCUGGAUGAGACACUUCCUAUCUUGAUCAGUAGUUUACUAAUUAGUUAAUAAAUUGUGCUUUGGACCGAAAAUGCUAGUUUUGUUUAGACCGAGGUAUUAGUUUCGCCUCCCUAUAGCUCCAGCAUGGGGACAUGCCUUUUUCAAAGGGGGAGAUAGUGUAGUGAAGUCUAUGAAAGCAUGACGAAGCGUGACAUAUUAUUUUAGAACAACAUUGAUUACACAAUAAUAACCGGUAAUAUGAUCUUUGUAUGAUCCUUUGUUUAAGUAAGCAUGAGACUAUUUGAGUAUGUGUCGCAAUAUAUAGUUCGUGUUUUCCGUCUUUAAACAUAUAGGAAGGCUAGUUCCUUCUAGCAACAAGUUUUAGAGUAGGAUUCUGCUCAAUUAAAUGCCUAGUUCCGCAGGAUUUACGUAAGUAAUCACUCGUAUCUGUGAAAUUGUGGUUAUGUCGUAAUUAAGUUGUUUAUCCCAAAUUAUCCCAAAAGAAACUCCUUGUAUCUUCUGUAUUUUCUAUCACGUAUUGGUUAGCUACCAUCAUGUAUAUAAGAACGUUGAUUCAAGCAAUAAAGUAGAUUCAGUUGAUUGUACAGCAGUUGAGUGUGUUCCACUCCAUGAGUGUGCUCUGAUAAGCCAAGAGCGUGCCCAAGCAUCACAACAGUUCAACUCUAAUCAACCCUCGGCCAAGUUUUUCACUACACUUCAUUUGAAUUUUUUCUCUUAAUUAGACUGGACUUUGCCCUUUUAUUGACAAUGCGAUGUGGCUCGGACUUUUGACGUAACUUUGGACUUUUGCAAAGCUUGAACAUCAGUGAGGUAAGAUAUCAGGUAAUGACCUAACUCUGGAAUUUGCCCAGGUCAUAAUAUCAUGACGUCAAGAAACACAUCACAAUCCAUCCCAACACCGUGAUAAAAACGGUUGCCCUUUUUCUUUGGUCAUUCAGGAAACAAACAAUGGCAAGAAAUUAUUGCAGCCAAUGCUAAAAACCACUAUUUCCAGAGCCAAUCUACUGCAGAGCUUGCUGCAAAGGGUAUUUUCACCAAAGCUGUAUUCAAAGUCAUCACCUCAAAUGCUGUCCAUGUUGCCAACUGAAUUCCCUACACAAUGCCUUUGGAUUUUAAUUAUUAUUACUCUUGGAUGACAAAACAAACAGACAACCUUCGUUACUGCAGCUACACACUUUUGACAUGCACCUCCAGCAUAAAAAAGUGUUCUCCCUCUUCUGUAGACCAAAUAAGAAAACAGGUAAAUUUCAUAUGGUUUUGUUAUGCUCUAUUGUUCAUGACAAGUUAUAAGGCACUUGGAACCACAUACAAGCCAAAUUGGCGAUGUUGAUUCAGUGUAAUUUUUUGGUCACACGUGAAAAGCUUGCGAUGGAAUACUUGUACUCUCAAAGUGGAGUGGUAUUAGUAGAGAAUGAACAGGACCUCAGUGACAUGAGAGAUGACAGUAUUAAGGCAGACAGCAACAGUGUUACCGAUCGCAAAGAGGGUGGACACUAUGAAGACCCACUCAACCAAAUAAUAACUGUGGGGUGAUGAAACCUGACAGGACAAAUCAACUGUUCACAUGUUUGAAACGAUAAACGAUCCCCUAACCAGAUGCAGUCUAUUUUCGCUUUAAGAAUAGACAAUGUUUUUAUUCAUUUUAUUUGUACAGUGAGAGACAGAAGAACAACACAAGGAGGCAGUCCAUUCUCAAGGCCUACCUGGACUUGACAAAGUACUCAAAGUGGCCGAGGCUCUCAUCACUAUGGAGGGACUAUUUGCCCAAGAUGAAGUACUGAAGCGAUUAUAUGACAACCACUUAGACUACAACAAAGUGCCCCUAAAGUGUCCUGCAAUAUAUCAGAAAGAUUCCACUCGUGAUCAGUUUGCCCGAAAGUAUCAUUCAGCACAUGUUGGAGUUGAAACAAUGAAGAGGUAAAACCCUAUAGCCUCCUAAGAGUGUCUCCCCAAGAAGACCAGGCAGAACCAGGCAGGUGAGAAAUAAUUUUCUCAUCAAACCAAACAUUUGUGCCAAGUUUGAGUGAAAUUGGUGAUUUGAGCUUUAUCACCUCCUGCCUGGUUUUCCUGUGGACACUCUUGAACAUUGUGUAUUGAUUAAAAUAUUCACUAAGUUGCUAACUUUCCAUUACAGAUGUUUCUUUUCUGCUGGCUCACCAUCUCAACCACCCUUACGUAGCCAAAGCUACAAGGAUACAGUUUGUUCAUUUUGUGGCAAUAAAUACAACCUUGCUAAGUAUUGGUCUUUUGAGUUACUAAAUUUCUCCAGCUUUGCUGCCAUCUUGGCAUUUUCACGUCCACAGUUCAAUAUAAUCCCACUGUGAAAACCGCCUGGCCAGUAGAUUUUGUGUUGGUUCUCUUGGUUGAAAAUCACACAUUCACCAUCCCGGAUUUGAGCAGUAAAUAUGUAGCCAAUUUCUUGCAAAUUUGUUCACUUCCUGUGAUGUCCAAGCUUCCUGGGAAUUGAUAUUACCCAUAUAACUGCAUAAAGUGCUGCUCUAGCGACACCGCUAAAGAAUGACUGGAAAAAUUUGUGGAUAACUAUUUCAACAUUCCCGACAAAUUCCAAGAUCAUUCUGACUUUACUGACGUUUGCCUGCUUAACAUAAGACUUUUGUGUUUGGUGUUGAAUGUAAACAGAAUGCACCUGGGCUGACGACGCCUUAAUUUGUGUGUUGUAUGCCUGUCUGCCUAUCUGGCUAUUUUGCUCAAGUAAUCCAUAUAAGGAGUCAUGCAGCAAUGAGAAUUCUAUGUUUUGGACAACUACAGUUAGCAGAACAGGAUAUGGAUGCCUAGCUAUGCAAAAGUAACUGACUUUGUGAGAAGGAAAGAAACAAUAGCAACAAGUUGAUUUUUAUUUUUCUGCACAGUGUGACAUUUGAAUUAACAUGUUGGUUCUGGACUAAUCAAUACUUAAGAUGUCACCCACAGUACAUGUAACUUUCCCUUUAAAAUCAAGGAUUUCACACAGUAGCCUGAAAAACUUUCCAAGAUUUGACUUUAUGGACUGGCUUCCUAAGUACACUCCACUAAAGAUAAUGCAUUAUCAUAAAACAUCUGUCAUUGCACCUCUUAUUCCUUCCAUUAAACUGUUCCCACCAUUCUUAUUUAGAGAUAAAGCAUUUUAUUUGAAUGGAGUGUUGGUAUUAGUAUGAAAUAAUGUGUUUUUACAUUUAGUGUACAUCUGUCGGCUGAACCUCAUUUCCACUUUUCCCACGAUUUGAGCAAAAUUUCGUAAAAUUUGCCGUUCUGUUGAGGGACGUCCUGUAUCUUCUAGUCCUGUUCUCUCAUUUUUUGUUGUGCUAUUUUGCUUCUCUUAGAAAUGUCCAGUCUGCUGCCAGUCAGGAUGGGUCAAAAGUUCUGAGGUUUGGGUAUACUGAAGAGGCAAGAAGACUUCUACAGCAGUGUAGAGAAAAUCUACCACCUAAGACUACUAGCCUUCUCUCAUCUUUAGUAUGUCAAAAGGCCAUUGAAGCAUUACUAGACCAGGACACUGAACCAAUGAAUUGCAGGGUCCUUAGACAACAUGAGGUGCAGUUUGGGGUUUUUCUGUGAAAAAUGUUUCAUGGGUCUUAAGUAAUGCCCUGGGAAUAUACACGCUACCUUGUAUAUUAAGUGGUAAGUGUCAACAAAGAAAGGGAGACAGAGGCAGCUUUGAGUAAAAGUAAAUUUCUCUUUAAGAGUUAUACAGAACAAUUUAAACAGGGCAUUGAGGCUGCAAAAAUGAAAAAGAAAGGAGAGAAAAGUGGCUCUACAAAAACUGUAGCAGCUGUGUCACAGCACUAAACAAAAAUAGGUCUGUAAUGUGUACUUGGGGUCUUUUGCUUAGUUUUGUUCCUUUCAGUUGGAAUGUAAUUUUUUUCAUACAUUUCAUCUUUGUCAGUUUGAUAAAGCCAGGUAUUCAUAUCAUCUUAUACACUUUAUGUGAACAGUGCUACUGCUACUAUCAACAGCUAAGAUGGAGAAAAUUCUUUGUCAUCAACCCUCAACAAACAUUGCCCCCAGGCCAAUAUUUUAAACACGCACCUUAGUAAACUGCACGCCAGCCUUAAGUGAGUAUGAUUACAGGCUAUUUAUACUCCAACAGGGGUUUACAGACCAUUACAGAGAAAUAACUAAUUUAUCUGGGCAAAACUAAUUCUCUCUGAAAGUUGCAUUGGGUGAUUGGAAGUAUAUCUAAAAUCGGUAACACUUGGCAGGAGAGCUCGAAUUUUCCUGGCAAGGCGGGAAGGGAUCAAAAAAAUUAAAAUAUAUAUUUUUAAAUUUAUGACUGUUAAUUUCCUUUAUUAGUAAUAUUUCUUGACAUUUUACUAUCUUUUACUAUUUUGUUGACAUUGUAUGUUAAAAUACUGUAAGUUAUAUGCUAGAUUACUAUUUCUUGAGAGAGGAACAUAAUUCAGUCAUUUUGACUGCAAAGGGUGUUUUUCAAUAGACAAUUUGUCUGACUGUUUACUCC